AACGAUGCUUAUGUUCAUUGCUUAGGCGCAUCUGCUUGUCUUAUUUUUACUGUAAUUUUUAAAUGCUGUGCAGCCUUUAUUAUCUUUUGUAUGCCUUCCUGUCUACUGUCCCUUUCCCCAAAAAUACUUAUAUCUACGAACGGCCAGGUGGACUUUGAAAUUUUACAAGAUUUGUCUCUCCCAAGUAAAGAAUAGUAUAGUAACGAUUAGCGAAAUUGCAUAUGCAACAGUCAGUUUUGUUCGUAUUAAAAUUUGAAAGAAAAUAAAUAGCAUUUUGUAAAUAGUGAGUGGGUGUUAACUGCGUGAUAAUUAAAGGUGUAAAUAUAUAUCUGUGCUGCACAUCUUCAUAAUGAAAUUAAGUGACAAAAAUCUGGAGGAGAGCGUAGUACAGUUGAAGGAGUUGGUGAGACGAGAUCCGAUGUUGGAUUGUCCUCUGGACAAAGAGUUUCUAGUCAAGUUUAUUAGGGCGAGGAAAUACGAUGUGGAAUCCGCUUUUCAAACGUUAAAACGCUACUAUGAAAUUCGAACCCUGUAUCGAGAAGAUUUCGCCGAUUUCUACCCGACCAGAUUAAAAGCCACGUUAAAUUCGGGUAUUUUCAUGGUGCUCAAACAUCGAGAUCCGUACGGACGAAAGAUUUUGUUGUUCAAAACAGAUAUCUGGGAUGUUUCGAAAUACACGGUGAACGAAGUUUUCCUCACGUCUCUACUUCUCGGAGAGGAAAUGAUUUUAUCCCCACGAACACAAGAAAAUGGAACCGUGAUGAUUCAUGAUUUAAGUCAUCUCGGAUUAUCGCAUGCUCGGCAAUUUAAUAUGCGACAGAUUAAAAAAUUCAUUGCAGUCCUUCAGGGCGCAUUUCCAGCCAAAUUUAAGACAAUCCAUGUCAUCAAUCAGCCAUACAUUCAUAACGUCCUUUUAGCUAUUUCGCAACCGUUUUUAUCCAAAAAGUUCCUAAGUCGGAUUAUCCUUCAUGGAAGAAAUACUUCCAAAAUGCAGGAAUUUAUGCCUCCAGAAAUCCUUCCGACAAGUGUUGGAGGUCAUCUUAACGAGAAUGAGGCAGUAGAUUCCGACUUCAUGAAUAGACUUUUCGAUAAGGAUGACUAUUAUCGAGACUUGCUGCGGUACGGAUACAGAGGUUGACGUUGAUUUACAUAUAUGGACUUUACGUUUCAGAGGAAUUAAUGCCAAAUUGAUAAGUGAGAACAUUUAUAAUAAUUAUUUAGGUUCAAUAUUGUGUCAAGAUUAUAUUUUUUAUUUGAUUGGGUCAGUUCAAUAAAUAAAAUUUAAUUGAAAAUCGA